AAACCCCCCAUUUUUUUCUCUUUAUAUCUCCGCCGUCCACGGUGGCGCUUCCGCGUGUGUUCCCCAUGCGCCGCCACCCUCCCUCUUUCUCUCUCUUGUUCUUGAACGUUCUCAGUCGUCACUCUGCCUUUAAAAAGUCCAAAUCCCCACACCCACUUUCUUCAACCCUCUUCUUCUUCUUCAAAUCGGCGUUCUUUCUCUCUCUCUCUCUUCAUUGAAAUUAAACCGGCGGAGUUUUUAGAGAGAGAGAGGGAGGAAAGGUCUGUUUUUGUUCGUCUGGUUCUGAUACUCUGUUUUCCCCUGUUUCUUGAACUCUUCAAUGGCGGUGACCCAUUUCCCAUUCAAAGCUGGGAGGCUCAAUCUCUUUACAAUUACUUUGGUCGCGAUUCUCUGCGCCGCCUUUUAUCUCGUCGGCGUUUGGCAACACUCCGUCGGAAAAUCUAUUCUGUUCGUCGGCGGGAAUUAUGGAUGUACUACCUCAACCGCCACCUUCCAAACUUCUUCUGAAACCGCCGUUAUCGACCUCGAUUUCACCGCCCAUCACACCGCCGCCGACCUCCAAGUAAUCCCAAAGGCGCGUCGCCCUCACCUCCCACCGUGUGACCCGAAGCUCUAUGAAUACACCCCCUGCGAGGACCGGGAAAGGUCGCUCCAAUUCGACAGGGACCGAUUGAUCUACAGAGAGAGGCACUGCCCGGCCGCCGGAGAGAUUCUGAAGUGCCGGAUUCCGGCGCCAGUCGGGUAUAAACUGCCGUUCUCAUGGCCGGAGAGCCGGGAUUUCGCCUGGUUUUCGAAUGUUCCGCAUAAGGAAUUGACGGUGGAGAAGAAGAAUCAGAACUGGGUCCGGUUCGAGAAGGACCGGUUUAGAUUUCCCGGCGGUGGCACCAUGUUCCCUCGAGGCGCCAACGCCUAUAUCGACGAUAUCGGGAAAUUGAUCAAUCUCGCCGACGGGUCCAUCAGAACCGCCGUUGACACCGGCUGUGGGGUGGCGAGUUGGGGGGCAUACUUAUUGUCAAGGAACAUAGUGACAAUGUCAUUUGCACCUAGAGACACUCAUGAAGCACAAGUUCAAUUCGCACUCGAGCGUGGAGUUCCCGCUUUGAUCGGAGUUCUUGCUUCCAUCCGACUCCCUUAUCCAUCUCGAGCUUUCGACAUGGCUCACUGUUCUCGCUGCCUCAUUCCCUGGGCUCAAUCUGAUGGUAUGUACCUGAUUGAAGUCGAUAGAAUUCUAAGACCUGGAGGCUACUGGGUCCUCUCCGGGCCGCCGAUAAACUGGGAAAGUCACUGGAAAGGUUGGGAAAGAACGGCCGAAGAUCUCCAAGACGAGCAGUCGAAAAUCGAGGCUGUGGCUAAAAGCCUUUGCUGGAAAAAGUUGAAGCAGAAGGGUGAUAUUGCUAUUUGGCAAAAACCAACCAACCAUAUUCACUGUAAGAAGAAUCGAAAGGUCUUCAAAUUCCCCAACUUUUGCCAGGGACAGAACCCCGACACGGCAUGGUACACAAAAAUGGAGCCUUGCUUGACGCCACUUCCUGAAGUGUCGGACAUAAAAGAAACAGCUGGUGGGCAGCUGCUCAAUUGGCCAGAGAGACUGACUUCUGUUCCACCAAGAAUAAGCAGUGGGAGUUUAAAGCAAAUCACAGCACAAAACUUCACUGAAAAUACAGAAUUAUGGAGAAAGAGAGUAGCAUAUUACAAGGCCUUGGACAACCAGCUUGCUGAGCCUGGGAGGUACCGCAAUUUGCUUGACAUGAACUCAUUCUUGGGUGGCUUUGCAGCUGCCCUUGUGGACGAUCCUCUGUGGGUCAUGAACAUCGUCCCUGUCGAAGCAGAUUUUAACACCCUUGGAGUCAUCUACGAACGAGGACUAAUCGGAACAUAUCAAAAUUGGUGUGAGGCAAUGUCAACUUAUCCUCGAACAUAUGACUUCAUCCAUGGUGAUUCGGUCUUCAGUAUGUACAAGGACAGAUGUGAAAUGGAGGAUAUUCUGCUAGAGAUGGACAGGAUUCUGCGGCCACAGGGCAGCGUGAUCCUCAGAGACGACGUGGAUGUGUUGGUGAAGGUCAAGAACAUCGCAGAGGCUAUGCAAUGGGAAUGCAGAAUCGCAGACCAUGAGAAAGGACCCCAUCAUAGAGAAAAGGUAUUGGUUGCAACCAAGCAGUAUUGGACUGCACCUGCAUCUGAAGAAGAAAAUCAAGAAAAGCAAACAUCUUCUGAAAACUAGCAGUGCCCCAAUGUUUUGAUUCAAAGUUCUCUUUUUCCUUUCUAAUCUUUGGGGUCAAUAACUCAGUUAUAAAUUCAUUUUUUUGUUUCAUUACCCAUUUUUUUGCGAAGGGCGUUUGAAUUUUGAUGAAAUUGUUGGUGCUGACCCAAUAACUAAUAAACAGUCUGUAUUAUGCUUACAAA